UUCACGGUGAUCCUGAAAAUUUAUUUCCAUUGAAAUCACUAUCCUCUUUAGACGGAACAAACAUAUAUAACUACUUUCAGUUUCAGAGAACCCAAACACGGCACCGCCACAUCGAACCGCCAUUCUUUCACCGGCCAUGCUGCCGGAAUUCACAGAUAAACCACCACCACCACCUUGAAGCACCUUCGUUUUUCCUAAAACUUCCACAAUGUCACUUGCUAAACACACUCCCAGUAGCCAGUCUUCAGCACGGGAAUUCAAGCAUCGAGUGCUCGUGUGUCUCAACAAACUUUCCGACCGCGAUACGCACUCCGCCGCCGCCACGGAGCUCGAGUCCAUCGCUAGAACUCUAAGUCUGGAUUCUAUCCCACCGUUUCUAUCUUCCAUUUCCGUCACCGACUCCUCUGACAAGUCGCCGGUCCGUAAACAAUGCGUUCGUUUAAUUUCUACCUUGUCCGAAGCCCACGGCGACGUUUUGUCGCCUUAUUUGUCAAAACUCCUCUCUGCCGUUGUCAAACGACUCCGUGACCCUGACGCUGUGGUCCGUUCUGCCUGCGUUGCCGCUACCGGCUCCAUCGCCUCUCACAUCACCAAACCUCCAUUUACGUCGGUGGCGAAACCCUUGGUGGACGCUUUAGCGACGGAACAAGAUUUGAACUCUCAGAUCGGCGCGGCUUUGUGCUUAGCUGCGGUUAUCAACGGCGCACCAGAUCCAGACACUGCUUACUUGAGGAGGCUGUUACCGAGGAUUGAGAGGCUGUUGAAGAACGAUAGCUUUAAGGCGAAGGCAGCAUUGCUGACUGUCGUAGCGAGUGUGAUCAGCGUCGGUGCUGCUUCGAGUCAGAUAAUUGUGAGGAAUCUGGUGACGGUUAUGGUUGAUUUCGUGGUCAAAAGUGAGGAUUGGACUGCGAGGAAAGCGGCAGCAGAGGCGCUGGAGAAGUUGGCUUUGGUGGAGACAAAUUUGUUGCCGGAGUUCAAGGCUUCGUGCUUGAAAACAUUUGAGGCAAAAAAGUUCGAUAAGGUGAAAGCUGUAAGGGAGACGAUGAAUCAGAUGAUGGAAGCUUGGAGUUUAAUUCCAGAUGUACUUGAACAGAUAUCACCACCCCGUGAAUCACAAUCUUCUAAAGAAGAAGCUGUCAGUGAUGUACCAUAUCCACCAAGAACACCUCAAACUGUUCAUAAGUCAACCGGUUCUUCCACCAGCAGUACUACUCGUAGAAAUUCAUUGGAGAACAGCAACAGGAAAAGUGGUCCUGCAAUGUUUCGUAAGCUGGAUCGCAAGAAGCCAAAUGAUCAGAAACUCAACAUUGCAGUUUCUCUGCCUCCACCUCUUGUCUCUAACAACGAAGAUCAUCUCAAGUUUAAACCAGUGACGAAACGCCUCCUCUUCAAUGAAAUUUCAGAUGAAAAAAUGCACGAAUCAUCAUAUCAUGAAGAAAGCUCAAGCUCCAAAGUUGCAGAAAUCAUUGGCAACUCCAGUAUCAAUUCAAUCCAACAAGAAUCCGAGGACUUAUCUGUGAUCCGCAAUCAGCUUCUUCAAAUCGAAACCCAACAGUCCAAUUUAUUCGAUCUCCUCGAGAAAUAUAUUGGGAGCUCACAGAAUGGGAUGCGAUCAUUGGAGUCUCGUGUACAUGGACUAGAGUCAACACUUGAUGAAAUUUCAUUCGAUUUGGCAAAGUCAACCAGAAGAAUCUCAAAUCCCGAACCUACCCUCUGUUGCAGAUUACCAGGUGCAGAUCUUUUGAGCUCUAAGCUAUGGAAGAAAACAGAGAUACAACAACAAUCAAACUUGCCAUAUCCUUCAUCCCAAUCUGUUGCUACCAUGCGCCACACCAACACGGGAUUACACCUCAUGAGCGGUGGUGGUAGUGGCUUAAUCAAGAAUCCAUUGGCUGAGUUGCACCAUGAACGGGCCCACAAAACAUAAAUUUCAAGGCCUACACUAGUAACACAGCUAUCUUUAUAAUGGCGCGUGAUGGGCCUCACGUGUUUGUGAGUUGUGAGUGCUACCAACGUUACAAGAGGAGAGGACCCUAUCUAUAUUCGAUCAUGUAUCCAAAGUUUGUGAUGCAUUUCUAAAAUAAAUGCUUCUAGGUCGCAUGUAACAUGAUCAUACUAUAUCAUUAUUGUUUCUUGUUUUUCACGAGAAUAUUAUAUGAUUGAAGGUCUUGAAGUC